AUGCCCAGUACAUCGAGCGCGCCCAGUACAUCGAGCGUGCCCAGUACAUCGAACGUGCCCAGUACAUCGAGCAUGCCCAGUACAUCGAACAUGCCCAGUACAUCGAGCAUUUCCAGUACAUCCAGUGUGCCCAGUACAUCCAGUGUGCCCAGUACAUUGAGUGUGCCCAAUACUUCGAGCGCGCCCAGUACCUUGAGUGUGCCCAGUAAAUCAAGCGUGCUCAGUACAUCGAGCGUGCCCAGUACAUCGAGCGUGCCCAUUACAUCGAGCGUGCCCAGUACAUCCAGUAUGCCCAGUACAUCGAGCGCACCCAGUACCUCGAGUGUGCCCAGUACAUCGAGCAUGCCCAGUACAUCCAGUGUGCCCAAUACAUCCAGUGUGCCCAGCACAUCGAGCAUGCCUAGGACAACCAAUUACCUCGAGCGUGCCCAGUACAUCCAGUGUGCCCAGUACAUCCAGUGUGCCCAGUACCUCGAGCAUGCCCAGUACAUCCAAUGUGGAGAGUACCUCGAGCAUGCCCAGUACCUCGAGCGUGCCCAGUACAUCAAGCAUGCCCAUACCUCGAGCGUGCCCAGUACAUUGAGCGUGCCCAGUACAUCGCGCGUGCCCAGUACAUCCAGUGUGCCCAGUACAUCAAGUGUGCCCAGUACAUCCAGUGUGCCCAGUACCUCGAGCGUGCCCAGUACAUCCAAUGUGGAGAGUACCUCGAGCACGCCCAGUACCUCGAGCACGCCCAGUACAUCCAGUGUGCCCAGUACCUCGAGCGUGCCCAGUACAUUGAGCGUGCCCAGUACCUCGAGUGUGCCCAGUACCUCGAGCGUGCCCAGUACAUCCAGCGUGCCCAGUACCUCGAGCGUGCCCAGUACAUCCAGCGUGCCCAGUACAUCGAGCAUGCCCAGUACAUCCACUGUGCCCAGUACAUCGAGUGUGCCCAGUACAUCGAGCAUGCCCAGUACAUCCAGUGUGCCUGUGCCCAGUACAUCGAGUGUGCCCAGUACAUCCACUGUGCCCAGUACCUCGAGCGUGCCCAGUACAUCCAAUGUGGAGAGUACCUCGAGCGUGCCCAGUACAUCCAAUGUGGAGAGUACCUCGAGCGUGCCCAGUACAUCAAGCGUGCCCAGUACAUCAAGCAUGCCCAGUACAUCCAGUGUGCCCAGUACAUCCAGUGUGCCCAGUACCUCGAGCGUGCCCAGUACAUCGAGUGUGCCCAGUACAUCGAGUGUGCCUGUGCCCAGUACAUCGAGCGUGCUCAGUACAUCCAGUGUGCCCAGUACCUCGAGCGUACCCAGUACAUCCAGUGUGCCCAGUACAUCCAGUGUGCCCAGUACCUCGAGCGUGCCCAAUACAUCGAGUGUGCCCAAUACAUCGAGCGUGUCCAGUACAUCGAGCGUGCCCAGUACAUCAAGCGUGCCCAGUACAUCGAGUGUGCCCAGUACAUCCAGUGUGCCCAGUAACUCGAGCGUACCCAGUACAUCUAGUGUGCCCAGUACAUCGAGUGUGCCCAGUACAUCCAGUGUGCCCAGUACCUCGAGCGUGCCCAGUACAUCAAGCAUGCCCAGUACAUCAAGCGUGCCCAGUACAUCCAGUGUGCCCAGUACCUCAAGCGUGCCCAGUACAUCCAGUGUGCCCAGUACAUCCAGUGUGCCCAGUACAUCGAGCGUGCCCAGUACCUCGAGUUACAUCGAGUGUGCCCAGAACAUCGAGCGUGCCCAGUACCUCGAGCGUGCCCAGUACAUCGAGUGUGCCCAGUAUGUCGACCGUGCCCAGUACAUCGAUUGCGCCCAGUCCAUCGAGUGUGCCCAUCCAUCGAGCGUGCCCAGUACAUCGAGCGUGCCCAGUCCAUCGAGCGCGCCCAGUCCAUCGAGCGCGCCCAGUACCUCGAGCGUGCCCAGUACAUCGAGCGUGCCCAAUACAUCGAGUGUGCCCAAUACAUCGAGUGUGCCCAGUACAUCGAGUGUACCCAAUACAUCCAGUGUGCCCAGUACAUCGAGCGUGCCCAGUACACCGAUCGCGCCCAGUACAUUGAGUGUGCCCAGUACAUCUAGUGUGCGCAGCACAUCGAGUGUGCCCAGUACAACGAGCGUGCCCAGUACAUCGAGCGUGCCCAGUUCAACAAGCGUGCCCAGUACAUCGGGUGUGCCCAGUACAUUGAGUGUACCCAGUACAUCCAGUGUGCCCAGUACAUCGAGCGUGCCCAGUACAACAUCUCCUGCACCUACUCCCAGUACAUCCAGUGUGUCUGUUACAACAUCAGCUCCGCGCACACUCAGUACGUCAAUUGUGUCCGCUCCUUCAUCAGCUGCAGCAAUUCGUACAUCACGUGUGACCAAUAGUACAUCCGCUACAACACCAGCCAGUACAUCAAGUUUAUCGCCUUCUGCAUCAACUACACCAACCUUUGUUUCAUCAGCUGUAUCAAAGACUGCAUCGUCCACAUCUUCAUCUGGAACUUCACAGCUGUCAACCACCGAGUUCCAGGCAUUCACCUCUAGCCCAUCAAAUAUUUCAGCUCCGUCAUCUUCAUUUGCAACUUCAUCUGGUAAUAUUAACGUAUCGUCCACUGAAACACCAACUGCUUCAUCUAGUGUGUCAAACCUGGUGAUGUCUACGUCGGUUCGAGCCACUUCUGAAACACCAAGUACUGCAGGUUCUGCUCCAGCUGCAGUUACAUCUGGUGCAUCAGAUUCCACUAUGUCCCCUGAAAGUGUGUCAACAGGAGUAAUGUUCAGCACUGCAUCCUCAACAACUAACAUAUCUUCAGCAAUUGUUUCUCAAGCAUCUGGCAAUACCACCACCUCUUUCAAUCUGAUCACCAGCAUUGGCACAACACCGAACCCAGCCAGCAGUGGCAGCUCUACCAGCAUUACUUCCUCCACAACAAGCCUCCCUUCUGCCAGCACUUUACUGGUGAUCACCAGUUCUGAUGGCCCAACAGCGGCAAGCUCAACUUUCAAGUCCAGUGCCCCCAGUCUCACAGGAAACACCACCACAGCCAGC